UCCUGCGGAGAACCGAACCGGCCCACGUGGGUCAGGCCGCCCCGCCCAGUCACGCAGACGCCGCUGGACUGUGCAGUCCGGGCCGUGCUGGGCGAGCGGUGCGGGAACUGCGCAGCCACGCCAGGGCGCGUGCACGCGCAGGGAGGACCCCCCCACCCCCCUCCACCCCGCAGCUACCAGGCCCCGGAGGAACCGUAGCCAGCUUUGCAGGAGCCGGCGCCUCUAGGCCACCAGAUGUUCUCGGCCAUCCAACCAGGGCUAGCAGAGGGGGCCCAGUUCCUGGGGGGCCUGCCUCCUGGAGUCUGUCAACCCGAGCUCCAAGCAGACAAUAAUUCCAACUUUGUGGAGAGUGCUAAGGAUGCCAAUAGGAAUUGGCAUGGUGUGCCAGGCAAAAGGGAACCCACCCUGGUGAGGAGUUCCUCUGAGUCACCCUCUGACAACCAGGUCUUCCAAGCCACUGGGCUCCUGGAGGCGGGAGUCCGCAGUCCCCCGGAGGGUGCAGAGAUCCCUGGGGCUGAGCCUGAGAAGCUGAGUGCCGCCAGCAGUGUCUGCUCUCCUCUGGAGGACAUCGGCUAUGCCAGCAGUUCCUUGAGCGCCGACAGCCUUAGCAGCAGCCCAGAGCCUGUCUGUGGGACCCCUCGAGGCCCAAGCCCUCUGGAUCCCCUUCUGCCCUCCGUGGCCCAGGCUGUGCAGCAGCUGCAGGCGCAGGAGCGCUACAAAGAGCAGGAGAAGGAGAAACACCACGCGCACUUGGUGAUGUACCGGCGCUUGGCACUGCUCCAGUGGAUCCGGGCUCUCCAGCACCAGCUGGUUGACCAGCAGGCCCGACUGCAAGAGAGCUUUGACACCAUCCUAGACAACCGAAAGGAACUUAUCCGAUGUCUCCAACAGAGGGACGCACCUUGCCGGCACCAGGACCAUUGCUAAGGCCGCGCACGAGUGUGUGUAUUUGCAGGUCUGUGUGUGGUUAUGCACAAGUAAGUACAUGAGUAUUAGUUGGCCUGAGCGCAAGUAAACAUAAGUGAGUCCGUAUGUACUCACAUGUAGGCAGGUAUGUCCAGGCAUGUGUGGAUGAAGUUGUAUGUAUUAUGUGUAGCAUGUGUGUUUAUGUAUGCAUGUGUGGCUAGGUGCCUAGGAAUGUGUAUAUAUUCCUGAAUAAGGUGUACACCCAAAAGAUUUGUAUGCAUAUGUAUCAGUUAAGUGUACAGGCUUAUGUUGGGUGUGGAUGAACCUUUGUGUGCUGAGACUUACAUGUGCCAGUGCUGGCGUAAGAAGCGUGUGUUAGGAACAUGUGUAUUUGCAGAGAGACUUAGGAGCAGGUGUGUGCAAAUAUAUGUUCAGUUGCACCUGCAAGGCACCCACCCAUCCCCUGUGUUCCCAGAGUCUACCCCAGCCUUGUUCUCUACCGAGUCUCAGCUUCCUGGAGAAAGAAGCCUGUCUUGCUGGCAUAUAUUGGAGGGUGGUGGUUAUCCAUUCUCCUGGAGUUUCCCAGGCUACCUCCUGCCCCUUCCCAUCAUUUAACCAGACCUUGCUCUGUUAGCUAAGACCGCUGUCCCUAAUGCUGGCUUUUUGGUAAGAGCUUUUUUUUUUUUUUUAAAUUUGGGGUGGUUGCUUUUUAUUUGUUUUGCUUAUUACAGUACAAGAGAUUGAGUCCAAAGCCUGUGCAUGCUAGGCAAAUGUCUCACCACUGAGCUGCACCUCCAGCCCAUUAAGAGGCUUAUUGGCUGCUCUAGCCUUCCAUGGCACAUUUGCUGCUGUUUGGUCAGGGCAGUUGGUGGCGAAUGGGUCUCAGGGAGGGAACUGGCGUCAUGGUGGAGGCAGUAGCAGGGGUGGGGGAGGGGAUAAAGAAAGACAUAAGAAACUAUCUUCAAGGGGCGGUGGUGGCGCGUGUCUGUAAUUCCAGCACUCGGGAGGCAGAAACAGGCAGAUCUCUUGAGUUCCGAGCCAACCUGGUCUACAGAGCGAGUUUCAGGACAGCCAGGGCUGCACAGAGAAAUCCUGUCUCAAAAAAUCAAAAAAGAAAAAGAAAAAGAAACUGUCUUCUUGAACCCUGUCUUUGGCUCCUGGGGAGGUGAGGAUGGGAGAAACUGAUGAUGUUAGAGCUCUGAAGAACAGAAGAAGGGAAUUUUAAAACACCAUAUUGCCACGCUGAGGAGAGCCUGAGCACCAUGUUAAUUGAAGUUUCUGCUGAAGGGGACUGUGUGCAUAUAGGCAUGCAGGUCAUAGACCAGAAGUCCCCAGGCUGUCGGGCGUGAGAGGAAUCCGCCCUUCUCUUCAUCUCCCCCUUGCUGCCUCCUCUGCUUUAGCAACAAUCAAUGGCCAAUUGGUUUGGUUCAUUGUUUCUGAAAUCUGACUGUUGGGAGGAGCCAGAGCUCAGCUUCCCGAGCGGGCAGAAUCAGUGCAGCCUCUGAAGCUCUUAGGAUGGUUGGCUACACUUUUCUUUUUCUGCAUGGCUCCUCUGAACAGGGAUGACAGGCCCCAGCAGAGGCUUCAAGCCUUGGAGAUGAAUGCCUACUGGGCCGACCAAUCAUGAAGGUCGUGCAGCCUUUUGUGUUGGUUCCUAGUGGGUGAGCAAUGCCGUGGAGAAGGAACGGUGGCAGGUGACAGGGAAGACACCGAUGGUGCCUCUGGCUGGCCUCAGUCUACCCACCUGCAAACGGGGGGCCCUUCCACCCUGUCACCAAAGAGUUCCAUCCUUGAUGGGUGGGCGGGUGAAAUGUGGACCCUGGGGACUUUCUAUUGUUCUUGCAUGUUGAAUGUGAACCUGGCCUUUGGACCAAUCCCGGAUAAAUAAACUAAGACAGAAAAUUAAA